UCACUAGGCUAGUACUAGUAGAUCUGAAAGUAUGGCGGAACAUUUAAAGCAUUUGACUUUAGACGAUGAAGAAUUAGCAAAACUGUGCACAUUACAGGCAGUUGUUAAGGGCUUUAUUGUGCGUAGGCACCUGGCACAACUGAGGACAGAUUAUGAAGAGUUGACUUUAAGACUGGAACAGCAACAUAGCAACCAAAGCACUGUAGACUGGCACUCAGAAUAUCCCUGUAUACCACAUCAUUAUAUAAAGAAAAAAUACAAGAAGAGACCAGUUGUGGAAAACAAAUUAUCACCAGAAACAAAACACAAGCAAGAGGUUGAUGGUUGUGAAAAUGUUGAAAAACAGGUGAAACAAAAUGAAAAGGCAUCAGAAAAAACAUGCAUGGGUGAAGAAAGUCUUGAAACCUGUAUGCUUCCAGAAAGAAUAAGGAGUGACAUUACUAGAGAUGAACAAGGGAACUCUGCUAUCAAUGGGGUGCAAAUUCCAGAGACAUGUUUACAAACAGAAAUUAAUUCGGAUGGACUUAUCAGAGCUUUGAACGAGGAUGAGGCACUGGCUUCUGAGAGAUCAAACACAGCUUCUCUUGAGUCCGUAAACAGGACUGAUGUUGUCCCAAUUGAAGGUGAUCUACCUAACCAAAAGGCACAGUUGACAAGGUCUUUCCAGAUGGAUGGUGACAUUCAGGCUCCUGAGAAAGAGAACAAAAAGGAGAUUGAGAUGGAUCAAUUGAUUCAAAAUGGUUCAUCAACUGGUUGUAGCAAGAAGACUGAAGAUGCUUCUGCUACUCAGUCAGACGAACAGGAACGAUCAAAUCUAAUGCAAGAAAUGAAAGAUGGUACAGAUCAAAAUGCUAAACUUGGAGAAAGUUGUACCAAAAUGGAUGGACCAUCCUCUAUUGACUCAAAUGUGAUUAAUACUUUACCUGAAGAUAAAGUUGAUAUGCAAGCAAGCAGAUUUGGAAUUCACAAUGAAACAUCUGUUUGGGGCUCCGAGUUAUCAUUUAGAGGGACCAAGAAUUAUCCAACAGAUCCUGAAGAGUUGAAGGAACUAAGGAAUCACGUUGCCAUGGAAUUGCUCUGGGUUCAGCAAGCUAUUAUUAGUCGCAAAAAUUAUUUGCGCUUAAAAGGUAGAAUUGACUGCAAAUCUUGAGUGUAGAAGUGUGUUCUAUAAGGUAUCUUGAAUAGUGGUUCAGUGGUUAAGGUGCCUGCCUUCCUGUUUCAAGAUGCUGGGUUCAAAUCCUGUGAGAUACCAGAAAAUUUUUUUUCAUACUAAUAACAAUAAUUCCACAUGUUUUUGGUAGUAACUUUGGUAUGGAGAUACACCUCCAUUGGUGGUAAUUAAAUAUGAUAACAAAUAUUUGGGAAAAGGAAUCGAACCCAAGACAUUUUUUAUGUUAGUGAUUUAUACUUUACUCAUCCUUUGUCAGAUAUUAAAACAGGCUCCCAGAGGGAGCGUGUGUCUAUUGCCCUUAUACUGUAUUAUGUUUACUAAAGUAUCUGCAUGGGGAUUUGGUUUGAGAGGUUCGUAAUUUUACUUCUGCAAACAACAUUUUGGUUUCAGGUGUUUAGGUAAAACCAAAGAGUUGAACUCUCGGUCUCGGGGUUAUGUCGUUGAAACGCAAUCCUCAUAUUAUUGUAUCCAAAAGUACUACCACGAUCAAGAGGGCAUCCCUUAAAAGACAGUAAAAGGCGUUCAUAUCGAAACAUGUGCUAUGUCUCUAUGAUGCUUGUUUGAGAUUCGAACGCAGUUUUGUUUAAGUUCCGAACUCUAUCUGAUUUCUGAUAGGGCACCCCUAUCUCAUGGUAGCUACUGUACCCAUUAUGUUUAUCAAAGGUUUAUAAUCAAUUGUCAACUUAA